AGCGACAGAUAACAGGUUCCACCAUAGCUUGCAAUUUGUGAUCCAUUGGUUAAGGGGAAUAAACUCUGGAACAUUUUAACAAUGGUUAUAUUUGGGAAAUGUGAAAGUUGAUUUUGGAAACUUCCAAUAAACAAACUACUGCUUUGUUGUUUUACUCUCUUGGGUUGAUCGAAGAUAAAUUGAAUGAACUCUGCAACUUGAACCAUUUAAGCUGUAAAAUGGAGCUUCAAACCAUUCUCAGUGAAAACAUUUUAGAUCUACCUUUUGAACUGAUCAUUAAAGUUGUAAGGAAAUUGCAUCUGAGUGAUUUAAUCAACAUGUCUUUUGUCUGUCGGAAGCUAAAUAGGUUGAUAAAAGAGGAAAACUUGUUGUGGAAGAAUUUGGUAACUGGGUUCGUUUCUAAACAAGUGCUGCAAUCACUGACGCUACACGAUGAUCUGAGGCACUUACGCCAACCAACAUACUUCUGGAAGAGAGUGUUACAGCUGAAUUGCUUGAUAAAGCUACCCGCGAAAGUGUGCAAAGUUUGCUCCCCGAUAGAUGAACUUGGCCAAUUAUUUUUGAUUAACCUCAUACCUCUGGCUAAUGUCGACAUCGGCUGUGUAUGUGGAAUACCUUUUUCAAUUGAGCUUCAGCAGACGGGAGAUGAGAGAACCAUCUUUUUCCACACACUGAACUUUAUUUGCGGGUUCAAACUAUUCGGAUUGGCUAACUUAGUCAGGUUCAACCACUGCUUUAUGUCGGAGCUUCCAAUUAUUGACAAUAGAACAGAUUUGAUUACGAUUGUGCUUCCUUAUUUCCAGUACAAAACACAGAUACUUCACAUCUCCUGGCAAGACUUCAAUUCGGUUGAACCAUUGCAGUCGAAUGCCUUGAACAUAAAUGUAGGCUGUGCGAUAGUAACCAACAAGCCAGAAGUGGCCACGAUGAACAACCGACUGGCAGUCAAACUAACCGGCUUUCAUUCCGGCACAACCAUACUCACUUUCCGUCUGCAUAACCAUCAACUGGAAAUAACCUCCAAAGUGCAGCUAAAACAUACUGCACACUCAUUGCAGUUUCUCAGAGGGGGCACCAUUCUGGCGUUCGUAGAUGCAUACUUGAAUCUUCAAGUGUUUCCAGUGGAUGCCAAGAAAAACGGAAACGAGGAGUGCAAAAAAGUGGCCGCUAUCAGUCAUCCUAUCUCGGUCUUCUUUCCAAUCGACACUUCUUUUCCCCAUGUUCAAUACCUCGUCUUUUUCAACAGCAUAUCGAAAAAAUGCUCACUCCUGGAAGUCGAUUGGGACACUUUUCCAGAUGAUUCUCAAACAGAUGAAUGGUCUGAGCCAAAUGAAACGUCGAAAUGUGAAGCAUCAGUUUCUUUUCAGAUACUCCCGGCAUCAAGAACCACAGCUUUAUUUUUCUACAAGUUUGAUUGCGAGGAGACGGAUUUCGAAGUGGAGUUAAUAGGACAACCAAAAUGGAGAUGGGCAGAUUUGAUCCGUUCAUUUCGCAAUUUUUUAAUAGAGAGCAAGUCUGAAUUUUCUUCACUAUACCGCUCCUUUCUUGCACCUGGAACGGAAACUAGUAAAACUCGCUUUCACCUAUCACUGAAUCCUUCUUUUGGAGGAAAUAUUUACAUUAGUAAUUACAACGAAUCUGGUAACCAGAAGCAAUUAGUUUCUUUAAGGUGUGAAUUUGGCUUUGAAGCAAUAAAAAAUUAA